UGGGAGAGAAUCAGCGUUCACCAAUACAUGCGCAGACUCAUUGGAUUGCCCUUAUAAAUAUCUUACACAUGGGCUGCCACUCUCAACUGGUUUCUUUGACUAAUUCAGCCAAAAAAUCCAACUUUUUUACUGUUUUGUCCACUGUCAUAUAAAUUAAAAUGUACCACAAGCUUAGAAGAGCUUUCAUAUGCAUCAGUCCUUCUCUAAACCUGUUUCUCACUCGGAAACAGAGCUACUUCUUUCCCUGUUCUGGAUUAAGAAGACCCAUGUCGAACACUGCUGGUCUUGUAAUUCCCUGCACAGCGGCAGUUGCAUGGGAAGCAGGGAAGCCAUUGGUAAUGGAGCGCGUUGAAGUUGCUCCACCACAAGCUAUGGAAGUGAGGAUCAAAGUUAAAUACACCUCACUUUGCCAUACUGAUCUCUACUUUUGGGAAGCCAAGGGCCAGACACCAUUGUUCCCUCGCAUAUUUGGCCACGAAGCAGCUGGAAUUGUGGAGAGUGUUGGAGAAGGUGUUACAGAACUGCAGGAAGGAGACCAUGUGCUUCCAGUUUUCACGGGGGAAUGUGGAGAGUGUGAUCAUUGCAAAUCUGAAGAAAGCAACAUGUGCGACCUUCUCAGAAUCAAUACAGACAGAGGGGUUAUGCUUGCUGAUUCCAAACCAAGAUUCUCCAUUAAUGGCUCUCCUAUUAACCACUUUCUUGGCACAUCCACAUUCAGUGAAUACACUGUUGUUCAUUCAGGCUGCCUUGCUAAGAUCAAUCCCUUAGCACCUUUGGAUAAAGUCUGCAUACUCAGCUGCGGCAUCUCAACAGGAUUGGGUGCAACUUUGAAUGUGGCAAAACCAAAGAAGGGAUCCUCAGUUGCUAUCUUUGGACUUGGAGCUGUUGGCCUUGCUGCUGCUGAAGGUGCAAGGAUUGCUGGGGCAUCAAGGAUUAUUGGGAUUGACUUGAAUCCCAAUAGGUUUGAAGAGGCCAAGAAAUUUGGAUUCAAUGAGUUUAUAAAUCCUAAGGACCAUGACAGACCAGUUCAAGAGGUUAUUGCAGAGAUGACUAAUGGAGGAGUUGACAGAAGCAUAGAGUGUACGGGCAACGUUAAUGCCAUGAUCUCAGCUUUUGAAUGCGUUCAUGACGGAUGGGGUGUUGCUGUGCUGGUGGGAGUGCCUAACAAAGAUGCGGUGUUCAUGACAAAACCCAUUAACUUGCUUAAUGAGAGGACAGUGAGAGGGACUUUCUUCGGCAACUACAAACCUCGUACUGACCUUCCCUCCGUUGUGGAUAUGUAUAUGAGCAAGAAGCUGGAGGUAGACAAGUUUAUAACCCACCGAGUUCCAUUCUCAGACAUCAAUAAAGCUUUCGAUUACAUGUUGAAAGGGGAAGGACUUCGGUGCAUCAUUAGCAUGGAAGACUAGACAAUAUCGAUUCACAAAUCUGAAUUGUGUUCUUCAAACUUCUAUGCUCAAGUUCACUUAGUUUCAUAUUUUUAUGAAUAUUGGUAAUUUCAACUCAUCCAAGUGUAUCAAUUUAGCAUUUAAUUUUCGAAUGCAAAUUGGGUUCAUAUGUACAGUUUUACCUAUCUAAAUUAGGUGAUUAAGUAGUAUAUUUUUCACCA